AAAUUAGUUAUAUACUCUAUUCUUCGGGAAUGUGUCUUCUGCAUGAAUCUGCACCGUGGAAUGCAACGUGUAUUGUGCAGUUUCUUCAUCCACCAAAAGCCGCCGCUAACAAUGGCUUCCGAUCACUUUUCGGCGCUCCUCCGAUCAAUGCGCGCUCACCGUGUAACUGACUAGCUUUGAGUAGAUACAUAGAAGAAGAAAGUGAUUACGAGGAAGAAGAAAAUGCAGGAGAACCUAACGGUAUUGUUGUUGAUGAAGUCAUAGAGAACAAAGAUAACAAUGAACCGCCAAUGGUUCAGGUUCCGCAGCAGCCAAUUCCCAUUGAUUUAACAGGAGCUGAAAUGAAGGUAGAUGGAAGGAAGUCUAGGAAAAAGGAAAAGCCAGUGUUAACAUGGCAACUGAGGGAAAAGCAGCUCGAUAUAUUUGUUCGUAUGACAAUGUUACAAGCAAAACACAUUAACCCUAGGGCAAAAGAUUAUGACAGUGAAAUGUUAAAUAAAACUGCUGAGGCGUCUUCUGAUUUUAUUGUACCUUUGCUUAGAUUCCAGAAAGAAUGGUUAGCUUGGGCUUUGGAUCAGGAACAAAUUUUCGGAGGUGGAGUGCUUGCAGAUGAAAUGGGAAUGGGAAAGACCAUUCAAGCUAUUGCCCUUGUUCUUGCCCAACGAGAACUCCAACAAAAUGGAUUUGCAUUUUCACAAUCACCUUUACCGUCUUCUUCUGAAGCAUUGCCUUUGAUCAAAGGAACUCUUGUCAUUUGUCCUGUGGUAGCUAUCACUCAGUGGGUCGAUGAGAUUAAGCGAUGUACUUUAAAAGGAAGCACCAAGGUUCUAGCUUAUCAUGGGGUUGGCAGAGUUAAGAUUUGGAAAGAGUUCUCCAAGUAUGAUUUUGUGAUAACUUCAUACUCUAUUGUUGAAUCUGAGUGCAGGAAUAUGUCGAAUUCGAGUUGGCGUGAGAGAAAUUGUGAAGGACCUAGUGUUGUUAAACAGGAAAAACGUAAGAAAAAUGAAUCAGAUGCUAUGCCAGCCCUACAUGCUGUAAAGUGGCAGCGGAUCAUACUGGAUGAGGCACACUUUAUAAAAGAUAAGCGUUCUAAUACCACUCAAGCAGUUUUUGCUUUGGAAUCUACCUACAAAUGGGCAUUAAGUGGCACUCCAUUUCAGAACCGUCCUGGAGAGUUGUAUCCUCUGAUAAGGUUCCUACAGAUAAAUCCUUAUUCCUAUUACUUUUGCAAACGCUGUAAUUGUAGAGUUCUUCAUCACAGGUAUGAAUUAUGUUCAGACUGCUCCCAUGGUUCUGCGGAUCAUUUCAGUUGGUGGAAUAAAUACAUUGCGAAACCAAUUGAAAAUUCUCGAUCCAAUGAUGUUCAUGGGAAAAAUGCUAUGAUAUUGCUCAAUCACAAAAUUUUGAAAAAAUUAGUACUUAGGCGCACCAAAAUAGGCAGGGCUUCUGAUGUUGCACUUCCACCUUCAACUGUUUCAGUGAGAAUGGAUUUCCUGGAUAGAGAAGAGCUUGACUAUUAUGAGACCUUAUACAGGGAAUUUCAACCAAAAUUUGAUAGAUAUGCUAGGGAAAAGAUGAGGGAUCACUAUGUUGAAAUCGUUGACCUCAUCACACGGCUGCGUCAGGUAACAAAUCAUCGAUACCUUGUGGAAUUUUCUCAAAAAGAGGAGUUAAGUGCUGAAGAUCUGGCAAGUAAUGCAGCUGACAAACAAGAAGGUGACAUUUGUCAUACGCCAGAAGAAGAUCCUGUUGGUUUAACUUCCAACGAGGAUGUUAGGGAUCAGGAUGAUAAAACCAUGGUUAAAUACUUCAAAUCCUCGAGAAUAUUAAAAAAAAUUGAGCUCGAGAACUUUCAGACAAGCACUAAAUUGGAGGCUUUGAGAGAAGAAAUAAGAUUCAUGAUGGAAAGAGAUGGUUCUGCAAAAGGGAUUGUUUUUAGCCAAUUCACAUCAUUCUUAGAUCUUAUAUACUACUCUCUGUACAAGUCUGGAGUAUCGUGUGUUCUGUUGAAUGGAAGCAUGUCACGAGCCGCACGGGAUGCUGUUGUUAAUAGAUUUAACGUUGAACCAGACUGCAGAAUUUUGCUCAUGACCUUGAGGGCUGGUGGUGUUGCACUCAAUUUGACAGUAGCAUCACAUGUUUUUAUUACGGACCCUUGGUGGAAUCCAGCUUUAGAGCUUCAGGCUCAAGACAGAAUUCACCGAAUAGGGCAAUAUAAACCUACAAGAGUUGUGAAGUUAGUCAUUGCAAACACAGUUGAGGAGAAGAUUUUGAAGGUACUGGAGAAGAAGAAACUAGUUGCUAAAGGGAUUUUAAGCGGUUCUUCUGAAGCUAUGGAGCAAUUGUCCGAGAGAGACUUGCAAUAUAUAUUUGCUAAAUGAUUGCAGAACAAAAAUGUAUCUUUUAACUCGACACACUCCUGCAAUAGUAAAAUGCAUUGCGUCUAUUGACACACUAAAUUUAUGGUAUUAUGUUCAUAUGUUAGUUGCUGACAUUUAACUAAAAUGUGAUGUUUUUUGUUUCAAUACUGGGUGUAAAAUCAA